AUGUCGGCUAUCCAACAUCCAUUAUCACUCAAUACACAAUCAAGUCUCAAUGAGCCAUUGCUCGCUUCGGAUAAGAGCGAAGUAGCUACAGUUGCUCCUUCUGAAAUCACCGAUCUGGAGAAUGCAUCUUUAUACGACUAUGCAAACAACGAUUGUGCAAGCGAUCGAGCGCUCUUGAUAACAAAAGCCUCGUUGGCCUCUUUGCAAACAGUCGGCUCUCACAACUCGGGACAUGCACGGUGUCAUUCGGAAUCCGCUGUUCCAACCGAGGAUGGAUUGGCAACUUUUGAUAAAAUGAAUAGGCGCAUAACGUAUAACGACAUUAAUCUUAAGCAACUACCGCAAGUUGAUUAUAUAGACCAACUUGAUAUUACGGGGAUAUACGGAGGAGCACUAUUCCAUCACGAAAGUCCGUAUGAUCGUGCACUUUCAUACCACACUGAAGCGUCGGCACAAGUAUUUGGUGAAAGCGAAAACGUUUUUCCAACAACACAUACCAGCUCGCCAUAUGACGAAAAUUCCUAUGUAUCGUACGAACCCAACCCUGUCAGAUACCGAGAUAGUUUUCUCGAGGGUUCAACAGCAUACGGAUUCCGAUCGAACGAUGACGAUUUAGCAAAAAUCAAGAGAAAGAGCUUCUUUAAACGGAUUAGUCGAGCCGGAUUUCAAGGAAAGAAACAAGAAAACAAGACAACAUAG